UCCACUUCGCUCCUCCACUUUGUCCUGCCUGCUGUCACCUCCCUCCGUCCACAGCUGCAGACAGAGGCGCACUGCUGCGGGGGAAACAUGUUCAGUCACUUGGCACGGAAGAUUUCGCAACUUGUAGUCUACUGACUCUCCACGGACAGCCCUUCAGCUCAGGUAAACUCACCUGGUUCAGACUUCCAGACUCGCCUCUAAAAUGGCCCAGCAGAACCAAACUUGUCAUUAUAAUGAGUCUAUGGGCUUCUUCUAUAACAACAGUGGUGCCACAGACACUUGGGACAAAACGCAGCUCAUCCUGGUGAGAGUGGUGGGCUCUAUCUUCUGCUGCUUCAUCCUGGUCUCCAACUCCAUGGUCGUAGCUGCUGUCAUCACCAAUAAGAGGUUCCACUACCCUUUCUACUAUCUUCUAUCCAACCUCGCCGCCUCGGACUUCCUCGCGGGCAUAGCGUACGUGUACCUGAUGUUUAACACAGGGGAGUCGUCAAGGACACUCACAGUUAAGGAAUACUUCAUCCGCCAAGGUGUUCUGGACGUCAGUCUCUCCGCAUCGCUGGCUAACCUGCUGGUGAUAGCUCUGGAGCGCUACAUCUCCGUCAUGAACUGGAAAGUCCACAGCAACCUGACGAAGAGGAGGGUGACCCUGCUGAUCGUGCUGGUGUGGGCCAUCUCCAUCUUUAUGGGCGCUGUGCCGAGUCUAGGCUGGAACUGCAUCUGCAACAUCAGCGACUGCUCCAGGCUGGCUCCCAUCUUCAGCAGGAGCUACCUGAUCUUCUGGUCUGUGUCGAACCUGGUGGUGUUCCUGGUGAUGGUGGUCAUCUACACCAGGAUUUACACCUACGUCAAGAGGAAGACGGCAAUGCUCACGCCGCACACCAGCGGCUCCAUCAACCGCAAGAGGACUCCCAUCAAGCUCAUCAAGACGGUCAUGGUUGUGCUGGGGGCCUUUGUGAUCUGCUGGACUCCCGGCCUGGUGGUUCUGCUGCUGGACGGACUCUGCACGAGUUGUAACGUCAUGAAAACAAAACGCUGGCUGCUAUUGCUGGCUGUACUCAACUCUGUCAUGAACCCUUGCAUCUACUCCUACAAGGACGAGGAAAUGUGGACAACCUUCAAGAAUCUCAUGCGCUGCAUUGGUAACGGCACGCGGCGGCAGCGGUCGACGAAGGCCAACGCCAGGGCUCUCAGCUCGGGUCAGGAUACGGGCAACAGUCAGCCUCCAUCGGAGGAGACAAAAACUGACGAUCAGGGCAUUCUCAAGACCUGAAAAUUGAGCUUGACAUGAAUUAACCAGGACUUCUGUUUAGUCAAACGACUGGACGUACUGUAUGAAGAUUCAGAUUGGAGUUGCCUUGAAACCAUAACAGUUGGCCUCAGACGGCCGGUGUUGUCCUCAGAUAAAAAUGACUUUCUUGAAGUGACACUGCAGGCCAACUGCUCCAGUGUAGAUCUUAAGAGACGGAGAUAAGAAGAGGCUUCCAUGCACUACAAAUUCCUGAAAUGGAUGCAAAGAUGUGCUUUUCCAUUUUUUUCUUCUGGAUUUUACAGUUUUUGGACAUAUACCUCCAAUUCAUGUGCUUUGGGAGAUUAUUUUAGCUUUGAACUGCUCUGCAAUGGCUGAAGAAAGUCAAAAAGUACACAGUGAUACAUUUCUAGUUUUACCUUUUAAAAAGGGUACACAUGCAAAGGGUAACUUAGCUUUCACAUGUGUACAUCUGAUGACUUAAAGUUUCAACCUGUGUCACCUUUCAAAAAGCUGUAAUAGAUGAUAUAGUUGAGAUGUGUUUUAAGACAUGUUUGUAGACAGGUACUAUACAACUUUAGGGUGGCUUAGGAAGUGCACAUUUUAUAGUUUAUUACUGAAAACACAGCCUGCGUGUAUAUACUGUAUACUGCUGUACCAUAUGUAUCUACCUGUACAUCUUUUUAAAUACUUUCAACAAGAGGUGCAGUAAUUCCAACUGAACGACAGCCGGCAUGAUUAGCAUGCUCAGCAUGGUCUGAUUAUUUUGUCCUUUCAAAUGUAAAGUCUAGAAAAGCACACCCUGCUUUCUGUUGUAAAGCUGGUUUGGCUGUAGGCAAUAGAUAACAAAGUGACUAUUUUCUUGUGCCAGCCUUCAUUAUCAGUUCACCUUAACAAACAGAUAAACUCUUGCCUAAAGCACAUCAUGAAGGCAAACUUGUUCUCCCCGUAGCAUUUUAACACAUCAGCUUCAACUAACCGCUGCUCACCUGUAGCGCAGGAUUGUAAAAUGAUGUUGCAACACACUGGAUUCCUGCUGGAGUUUCAGCAAUACCCUGCAGGAACCAAACAGGAUAUGACUGAAUGGACUACACUCACACAAACCUCACUCUCUACAGACUGCGCUGACGCCUCUAUUGCUGACAGGGUUCAAAUGGCUUCUUCAACUUGCUGUACAGGCCUAUGCCCCCUCCUGUGGUAGCAUCAUGAUAUCAUUAAGGAAUACAACAUAUGUGAGUGGUGAUUGGAAAUACAGCUCCAAUGGUGGUGUUUCUUUAUCGGAACAAAAUUAUAGAUGGCCGUUUCUUUGCAUAGUAAGCUCUUUAUAAGCUCAUGUUAUUUUUUCCAACAUACCAAUGGACAUGACAUGCAGGGGUGGACUGGCCAUUGGGAAUACCGGGAGUUUUCCCGGUGGGCCGGUACCGAAGUGGGCCGGUCGGACAAUGCACUAGCACCUUAAUUAACAUACAAUUAUAGGAUGGCCAACCCAUCUGCCCUGCCCGAGCAUUCAUUGCUCAUCACCAGUAUUCCUCAAGCUGCUUACUUGAUAGUUGUGAUGUACUCCUAGUCCUAACAAUAGCCAUGUUAGUUGUUUAUGUUUGUAGUGAAGAUUUAAGAGGCUUUUGAGUAACUUCAACUGAAUGGGACUGGUAAUGCUCGGUAUUUGGCCAACAUUGCAACUUCUUUUCUAGAUUCAACGCCUUUUGGAGCUAGUGCUGCUAGCUAUUUUCAUUCACUGAACAUGCUAACGUUGCCACCUGAGCAUGUUAGCAUGCUACAGUGGCUGCAGCAUAAAUGUUGCUAACACCAUACCUGGCACCAACGUUAGCAAAACAAAACCGAGAUUGCUUGUAAAUCCUGUUUGACUGAGGCAGACUGCCUCUUUAACUACAUUCAAUUCCCCACCGCUAAACUAGCCACUUAACUGUAAACUACAUUUUAUCUGACACAUAAAAGCUUCAAAAUUCACGAGUGUGGUGCUUAAGGUGGGGUAGGUAAUUUUGGAGAAACCAGCUCGAGAUCGCUAGAAUUUGAAAAUACACAGCCGGAAAAAAUCUGCCACUUCCUUACAGAGCCCCUCCUCCAACACACACGAACGCGCACAUGACCAAUGAGGGCACGAGAUAAGUUUGUGCACAGAUGGAAGGCUGACAGGCAGGUAGGCCAUCCAGUUAUUUUAGCCGGGCCGGCUAAAUUGAUUGGUCGUGCAUUUUACAGUACUACGGCUUCCACAGAUGACAUUUUUUUAUGGAUUAUUUGUCAAAGCACUUAAGAUAUUCAUUGCUAUCGGGAUGUUAAGAGCAUUCCAUGGAAUAUAACAAAAAGUGUAUCUCGAGCCGGUUUCUCAAACUUACCUACCCCACCUUUACCAACAUAUUUUAUGUUGUGGAACAUUAGGUUAAAAUAUCUUAAACCUGUGUUAACCAAAAACCUUAUCUCAGACAUCUAACCAAAAACCCAUUGACUUAAAGACAAGGGAACCGGAAGUGAAAAAAAUGCUGACUCAUUUCUGGGUUAUAGCACUCAUCCCUGCAGCAAUCUAUGGUUGAUGAAGUACGGUUACUUGAGAUUUCUCAAGAGCUGCCACUUUAGGAGGAUUUACUCCAUUCAGGCCAAUUAGUGGUUGACCUUUCGUUUCCAGUCUCUUACAUUAUUGUCGAAAGAACUGGAAAAAAAUGUGAUUGACUCAAAGGAACAAGAUAACUCGUCUCAAUUAGACUGCAAAACACUUGCAGUAAAAAUAACCACUUGCUUAUAUAUUUGUAUCCUAAUAUAGUAAAGCUUUCUGUGAUUGACAGUAAACUGACACUGUUUGAAUAAUCUGUAAAUGUCAACAUUUAGAACUUUGUGAAAUGCAUUUUAACAUUAAAACAUAGUAAGUUAUAAACUGCAUAUUAUGUGCUUUAAGAUGUAAACCACAUAUUGAUUUCAAAGAGUGAUGUUUAAUAUGGCAUAUUACAUGUCAAAUCUCCCCUCACUGUAGUCAUUAUGAAAGUAUAUUGUUCAUAUGCUUUUAAUCGUUUUAACCUCAAACCCACAGCCUUUUCUUCGCUGCUCUCAUAUACCAGGUUACCUGGUUUAACAAGAUUUCUCAUCGCAUGUUAAAACUCCUUUUAUGCUCAGGAUGAAUCCGUGUAUAGAACAUAUAACAUUUUAUAGUAAAGUACUCAGGAUGUCAAAGGUUUCAGGUUGAGCUAUGAUGUGAUUAAAAGUAAGUAAUUUCCAUUCAAAACAAUGCUGUAUUAUAGAGAGUACUGUAUUUCCUCUGCAGACCUGAUGUGACUGCUUCGUGCUUCUCUGGUUCUGCAUUCCCAAAAAACAUGAACUGUAAACUUGUGUGGUGUGGCAGGCCUUUUUUUUCUUUUUACAGCUGUGCUGUAAUUAUGCAUUCUUGAAGAGCCAAUUAAAUUUCACAGAUGUUCAGAAA